CCCCCCCGCCCCCUCACUGUGCCCCGGGACAAGGCACAGACUGAGAAGCCGGCGAGCGAAUCAAAGGCUCCCAGAAAGCGGAAAAAGCAAUGUCCGACUUUGCGCCGAGCGCUCUAGCCCGAAACCUCCGAGCGCGGACCGACUGAAAGAAAGUUUCUCUGGAAGAACUACUGGGGCAAACUAGGUUAAAGAAGUUGCCACUGACUGAGAUGGUCCCAGCUGCCGGGAGAAGCCGCCGGUUCAGCACUGGGAGAGUGGUGGGAGUCCUGCUUCUGCUUGGCGCCUGGGACAGCGUUUCCGCGCUCAUCAGCUAUGAGAUCCCGGAAGAAAGGGCGAAGGGUUUCCGAGUGGGCAACGUGGUCGUCGAUCUGGGCUUGGAUCUCAGCAGUCUGUUGGAGCGCAGGCUGUUUGUGGCCUCCGGAACUGGCCGGAGGUUCUUUGAGGUGAAUCGGGAGACGGGAGAGAUGUUCGUGAACGAGAGACUGGACCGGGAGGAGUUGUGCGGGACACUCCCGUCUUGCACUGUAACUUUGGAGCUGCUAAUGGAGAAACCCUUGGAGCUGCAAAGGGUGGAGGUGGUGAUUCAGGAUGUCAACGACAACGACCCCGCUUUCCCUACCAAUGGAAUGAAACUCGAAAUCAGUGAGGCCAUGGCGCCGGGGGCGCGCUUCCCUCUCGAGAGUGCACACGAUCCAGAUGUGGGAAUUAACUCUUUACAAACCUAUGAGCUAAGUGCCAAUGAACACUUUGUGCUGAGCGUGCAGACUCGAGAGGAUGGCAGCAAGUAUGCGGAGCUGGUGCUAGAAGAAGCCUUAGAUCGUGAGCAUGAGAGGACCCUUGAGCUGGUACUGACAGCUUUGGACGGAGGAACACCAGCCCGUUCUGCUAGUCUCCCCAUCUUAAUCACUGUGCUUGAUGCCAACGACAACACCCCCCAAUUCAAUCAUUCUCUUUAUCGGGCAAGUGUGCGGGAGGAUGCGGCCCCAGGCACUCCAGUGGUACAAGUUCACGCAACAGAUCUGGACGAAGGACCAAACGGAGAAGUCAUUUACUCCUUCGGCAGUCACAAUAGGGCCCGAGUGCGGGACCUUUUCUCUCUAGACGUCGUCACUGGAAUGCUGACAAUACGAGGGCGGCUUGACUUCGAUGACACGAAGCUAUAUGAGAUUUAUAUCCAGGCGAAAGAUAAGGGCCCCAACCCCGAAGGAGCCCAUUGCAAAGUGUUGGUUGAGGUCAUAGAUGUGAAUGACAAUGCCCCAGAGAUCGUUGUCACCUCCGUGUACAGCCCGGUCCCUGAGGACGCCCUUCCAGGGACUGUGGUCGCCUUGCUCAGUGUGACUGAUCUGGACUCCGGGGAUAAUGGCCUGGUGAGGUGCGAGAUUCCAUCUGGCCUCCCCUUCAGCCUCACUUCUUCCCUAAAAAACUACUUUACCUUGACAACCAGUACCUCCCUGGACCGUGAAACUGUUCCAGAGUACAACAUCAGUAUCAUAGCCCGAGAUGCAGGGUCCCCGCCCCUCUCAACAGUCACUACACUUAGAGUCCAAGUGUCUGACAUUAAUGAUAACCCUCCACAAGCCACAAAGCCCUCGUACGAUGUCUACGUGGAGGAGAACAACCUUGCAGGGAUUGCAAUCCUGAACCUGAGUAUUUGGGACCCUGACGCCCCCAACAACGCCCGUCUAUCCUUCUCACUCCUGGACCGAGGUCACCAAACUGGGCUGGUGGGUCGAUACUUUGCCUUGCACCCGGACAGCGGCGUCCUGUCCGCCUUGGUGCCCCUGGACUACGAGGAUCAGCGUGAGUUUGAGCUGACGGCACAUGUCAGCGAUGGGGGCAGCCCACCCCUAUCCACCAACAUUAGCGUGAACGUGUUUGUCAUGGACCGAAAUGACAAUGCUCCUCAGAUCCUUUACCCGAGGCCUGGUCAGAGCUCCACCCAGACCCUGCCUCGAGGCAGUGGUGCUAGCCACUUGCUUACUCGUGUAGUAGGCUGGGAUGCUGACGCAGGCCAUAACGCAUGGCUUUCCUAUAGCCUUCUGGGAGCCUCAAACCAGAGCCUCUUCACCGUAGGGCUCAGAACUGGAGAAGUCAGUACCACUCGACCAGUCCAAGACAUUGACCCAGCAUGGCAUAAGCUGGAGAUCCUGGUAAAAGACAAUGGGGAGCCCCCUCUGUCCACUACCGUGACCCUGACGGUGUCAGUGACAGAAGUGUUCCCCGAUGCCAAGGUCGAGUUCCCAUCCGGAUCGGCUCCCCAAGAGCAAAAUAAAAAUCUCACCUUCUAUCUGCUUUUGUCUGUGAUCCUAGUCUCCGUGGGGUUUGCAGUCACCGUGCUAGGAGUGAUCAUAUUUCGAGUUUACAAAUGGAGAAAAUCAAGGGACCUGUACAGUUCCUCUGGGACUUCGCUAUACAGAACGCCUGGGCCCUCCCUGCACGUGGAUGCUGUCCGAGGAGGCCUGAUGUCCCCCCAUCUCUACCACCAGGUAUACCUCACUACAGACUCUCGUCGCAGCGACUUACUGCUAAAGAAGCCUUGUGCUCCAAGCCCAAUGGGAAGUCUCCAGAACACUCUACGAAGCUGCGAUCCCACCUUUUAUAGGCAAGUGUUAGGUGCUGAGAGCGCGCCUCCGGUCCAGCAAGCCCCGCCCAACACGGACUGGCGUUUCUCUCAGGCCCAGAGACCUGGCACCAGCGGCUCCCAGAAUGGUGAUGAAGGAGGCACCUGGCCCAACAAUCAAUUUGACACAGAGAUGCUUCAGGCAAUGAUCCUGGCUUCUGCCAAUGAAGCUGCUGAUGGAAGUUCGACCCUUGGCGGUGGUGCAGGCACCAUGGGGCUGAGUGCCCGCUAUGGGCCCCAGUUCACCCUGCAGCAUGUGCCUGACUAUAGGCAGAACGUAUACAUCCCGGGCAGCACUGCCACCUUGGCCAAUGCCGCUGGGAAGAGAGAUGGCAAGGCCGCUGCAGGUGGCAAUGGAAACAAGAAGAAAUCUGGCAAGAAGGAGAAGAAGUAGGGUCAGCAUUAGGUCCCAAGCACAGGGCCACAGGGCAAACCCUUCCCACAGACCUAGCUUCCCUCCAGUUCCCUGAACCCUCACAAUGUAGGGGAUCACCCUCAGGCUGCUGGUGGGAGCUAUGGUGACCCUUCCCUCUUGGGAAACACAAAUAAGUGCCCUGUGAAUACCCUCUUCUGUGCCUCCAAAGGGAUUGAAUAUGCAAAGGGGGUACUGCCAGGAGUCCCCAAUACAAAUGCUGUGCCCAUGGGAACAGUACAGAUAUAGAGAUUCAUAUAUAACCCCCCUCCUUUCCUCCAUCCCUAGCUUAGAAGCCCCAGUUACAUUUUGGCUCCCUAUACAUUUGCCCCCCUCCCCCAAUCAGUUAGACUGAGUCUGUCUCCCACUCCCAAACCUCUAACCUCCCCCCUUCUUUUGGGUAUUAUGAGACCUUAGGCUGAGUGGCCUUAAGAUCUGGGGAGUAGGGGCAGAACUGUGCUCAUCUCCUACCUGUGGAGAGUUGUGGGAGCACAAUGACUUCUGACUCCCACUUUCUAAACCAACUUCAACAUAUUUUAACUUCUCUACUUACUUUUACAUGGACUGGGUUUGGGGAAAAUCUUCCACCCUCAGCCUUUGCCCAAGGUCCCAGCAAACAGGGACCAGGGUUGAGUUAUGGGACCAUUCUCUUCAGAGUUCCUCAUCUCCUAUUCUUUGUCCUCCCCUCAGCAUAAGAAUCCAUUGCAUGUUGGGAAAUAGCAUGGCAUGGUUGGGAUGAGUAGGGAGGGUAUAGGGAGGGGGGGGACCUUUCCACUAGAAAGAAAGACAAAUCUUUGGUCAGGGUCUUAAAGGAGGGGUUGUGGGUCCUCUUACUUCCAGCUCCCACUAGUUACUGGUUGGGCUCCCUGAACUAAUCAAGCCCCCAUAUUCUAUGACUGUCAUGGAGCCAAGCCCCUGGACAAGAGAGCCCUGGGUUGGACCCAGUCCCCUGGAUACAAAGCCUCAGGCUUCUGGCUCUGGGGUAUGUCACCUUGGCCAUAGGGGAUUUAAAGGGACCAAAUGGCAUCAAAGUAAGAUUGAGCUCUUGGGCCUGGUAUAUAUGAAUAUGGGGAUAUGUGUGUGGUUAUGUGUAAGGGGGGGUAAGGAAGGGGGGUGUAAUUCAGGCUAGGUCAUCUGAACACAGACAAAGUUGCCACGGGCGAUCCAGGCAUAUGAACGCUCUCUUAUUUAUCAGGCGGGAUAAGCAGGCAGGACCAGUGUAGUCCAGUUCCAAGGCAGUUUGGCUAGUAUAGGAAGCCACAAACAUGCUCCUCCCAAAGUUCCUGCAUGAUAGUCAGACAGAUGUCAUGUUCUCUAUCCCCAAACACUAGGAAAGGGACCCAGAAGCAGAGAGACAGAUGGUCAGGGGAGGGAGGAGGGGCACUCCUGUAGUCCCCCAUGAAGUUCAUAUUCCCUCACCCUCUCAGGUGCCAUUUAUUCUACUUUGCCAUUCCCACUUCUUAGAUCUCCACCUUUAUAUAGUCCUGACCCUGGCCCAACUGGGGCUGUACUAGUCCUGUUUACACAAAGGAGACCCUCCCACAUUUCACCACUCUUUAGUGUAGUGACUAGUGACCCUGACCACAUUCUUUGAGCUGGUGUAGAGUAACCUGUGUGUAGCUAGUGCUGUGUGCUUGCUUCCGUGACCACGAGUGGAUAGCAGUACUGGGGCUUUAUCUCUGUCUGCUCCCGCUCUGUCCUGUGCUGUGCUUUAUGCUGUGUCUGUGUGCUACAGCUCCCCCUCCCAGCCCAGUACUGACCUCUGUGCCCCUUCUAUAGAAGCUUCCCUCAAAUAGCCACGUAGCUCCCCACCCAUACACCGCAAGUUUUAUACUCUAAUAUUUAUAUAGCUUUUUUCUUUGGGAAAAAUAAUAAAAUGGUUUCUUCUGAA